AUUCUCCACCAAAGCAUCAAAUCAGUAAUCACAGUGAGUUCCAAUUGCCACCAAUUUGCCAACCCACAGUUUCUCUCUCCCUCAAGUCUCAACUCAACCACUCUCCCUUGAAAACCCCUCUCUGCAUAUUUCUCUCUAUUUAAGUGCACAAAAGGAGUGUGAAAGAGAGGGGGGGAUGCAAAUGAUCUCUAAAGCUUCCUGUGCCAUGGCCUCUCUUCCUUGUUCAAGGGCAAGGAGUGGGCUGUGUGUAUGGCCAGGGGCGAGGCAGCUUUGCUUUAGAAAGGGUCUGUUGUAUGGAUUCAUGCACCUGUUAUCCAUGCCAUUUAAGACCUUACGAGGUGCUAGUCGAACGCUUAAAGUUACUCAAUUUUGCAGUGUUUCCAAUAUGGCUUCUUCAUUACAAAUUGAAUUGGUGCCUUGUCUCAAGGACAACUAUGCAUAUCUUCUACAUGAUGUGGACACAGGCACUGUUGGGGUUGUUGAUCCUUCUGAAGCUGUACCUAUUAUAGAUGCUCUAAGCAGGAAAAACCGCAAUUUGACCUAUAUACUAAAUACUCAUCAUCAUCAUGAUCACACUGGUGGGAAUGAAGAAUUGAAAGCAAGGUACGGUGCAAAGGUAAUUGGUCCAGGAAUUGACAGAGAUAGAAUUCCUGGUAUUGACAUAGUUCUGAAUGAUGGGGAUAAGUGGAUGUUUGCUGGACAUGAGGUGCUUGUGAUGGAAACUCCCGGUCAUACCCGAGGACACGUUAGUUUCUACUUUCCGGGAUCAGGAGCCAUUUUUACAGGAGACACUUUGUUCAGUUUAUCAUGUGGCAAGCUUUUUGAGGGAACACCUGAGCAGAUGCAUUCUUCCCUCAGAAAAAUCAUGUCUUUGCCAGAUGAUACAAAUAUAUAUUGUGGCCAUGAAUAUACGUUGAGUAAUUCGAAGUUUGCAUUGUCUAUAGAACCCAACAAUGAGGCACUCCAGUCAUAUGCAGCGCAGGUGGCCCAUCUUCGUGGCAAGAGUUUGCCAACAAUUCCAACUACACUAAAGAUUGAGAAGGCUUGUAAUCCCUUUCUUCGCGCGUCAAGUACAGAAAUCCGACAAUCAUUAAAUAUUCCAGCCACGGCAAAUGAUGCAGAAGCCUUAGGUCUCAUCCGCCGUGCAAAGGAUAAUUUUUAAGAUGAAAUACAGGGUAUGUGUCUAUCCAUAGGAUAAAUGACCCACGCUUGUGGUGAAGUGUAUUUCUGUUCAUAUAUUUUUGGAUAUUUGAAGUCCUUGUCCAUAUAUUUUUGGAUCUUCUGGAUUUUUAUUCUAGUGUUGAUUCUCUAAGUCCCUAUGAUGAUGACGGAAAAUGUUAAUGUUAUAUGGCAAACGGUUUUAGUGUACGAGUGUCAUAGACCUUAAUUAGAAAUCUGAAUUCGUUCUGUUCUCUGUUGUAUUUCUCAAUAUUAUUCAUACAUGUUUACUAGGGCCACAUUACUUCAAA